GAAAUUUGAAAAUGAGUACACCACUGGUUCCAAAAAAGUCAUGCUACAAUCUAAUACAGGACAAUAGAAAUGAGAUGAAAAAUAACAAUGAAAACACAAUGACUGUCGCAGACACAAAUGCCAAUCAAUUCACAUCAGAGGCUAGAACUUCUGGAAGGGAGGUGGGGACCAAUGAUUUGGCAGGAGAAACUCAAUGCUUGAACACUGGUGAAUCAGAAAAUAACAUGCAACUUGAUUCAGAACAGAACAGACUUCAGGGUACUACAGCUGUGUCAGAGUUUAGGUUGCCCACAACCACUAACAGGGAACCACAUAAGGAUUAUAGAGCUGAUGGGGCUAAGGACACAUCAAAGAUAGUCCCUAUUAGCCGGGGACAUAGUUUGUCCAAUUUGAGGAUUAACACAAAUGAUACCUUUUCAGUGGUUCUUUCAAAAAGUGAUGCUGAUCUCAUCCAGCAUGUUUCAAAGGACAGAAUGCCCAGAAGGAUUGAGCCUGAAGGGAUAAAGCGUCUUUCCUUGGGGAGGUCAAGGAAACUUGCAGCUAAAACAGAAGCUUUUGGAAGAGAAUUUGUUGGCCGUGUAUCAGGUAAGCGUUUGCUUUCUGCAUCUCUGGAUUCCAUCGACACUUCACAUCAUCUGACUGGAGAUACUGAGACAUCUCAAAAAGCAUCAAUGGACCAUUUUUUAGGUAUGGCUUCAGAUGGAAAUAUUGUACUUUAUUCUAAAUCUACCUCGGAAACGAAGAAAAUAAAUGUCUCUGCAACACAAACGAAUGAGGACAGUGCACCAAAAUUUAACAAACAAAGCACAUCGCAUCUUUCCCAUGUAGAUCAACAUUUAACUGUUAAGUCCAAUGAUAUUUGGAGUAGAUCAGAAGCACAAUUAGCUCAUGAGGGUGAUAAGAGAGGGAAACCAGAGUUGAAGAGUCCUCUGUCUUCACAGCCUAAGAGUCUGUGUCAGCAAAAAAUGGACAGGUUUGUAAUGGCUCAGUUUCUUAGAUGUCAAAAGGAAGAAAAUAAUGUUAUGCUACAGAAUAAAAAGGAUUAUGAAUCUGAAAUGCACAAAGUGAAAUCACUUCACUUGCACGAUGAUGAUCCGCACUUAAAUGAGUUGGUUGACUCCACUAGUGACCGAUUAUUAAGUGGUAAUAACUAUUCUAGCUUAGGAAGAGGAAGUAUCCAUAGUGAGAGUGAGGCAGUGAAUCGAGUUAGGGAGAAAAACAUAGCUGAAAAGGAGGUGGAAGCUGCAUUUUGUCUUACUGAUGAUAACAAACCCAGUAGCAAACUGAUACCAACAAGAAUUGAAAACAUGCAUGAUACCGAUGCAAGUGGUUUUCAAGCAGUUGAUGGGCAUAUGUCUUUUGUACGUAGCAUUAAUCCGCCUGAUGGCAAACAUUUGAAUGAUAAUGAGAGUAAGCGGAUGCUAAUCAAAGGGAAUGGUGAAUACUUUGCUGGGCUCACCUCUGAUCUAGAACAACCAGAAGUGCUUGAUGAGGAAAGUGUGUUAGAUGAACAUCCCAACAACCAGGACAACAGUUUAGAAACCACAGGCUUUUCAGUUCAGAGCAAGAGGACACUUAUUGCUAAGAAACAUGUUUCAAAUGAUCCCCUGGAGAGCUGUAAAGUAUCAGCAAGAACAGAUACCUUUGUAUGUGCCCCAACUCCUUUGCGUCCUGUAGCAACCGUGAAUGCUGAUAAUCACCCCACACUAUCCAAUGGCAAUUUGAAAGAUCUUUAUGUGCUUCACGUUGACAAAGUGUCACCCACUGCAGUCCUGCCUCCCCUUGAUGGUACGCAAUUGCUAAGCCUAUCCCCAAAAGUGCCUAACAAGACCGCCUGCAAUAGCGGCAUCCCUAAGCCAAUCCUUGUACAUUCCAAGGGCCCCCACCCAUCUAAGACUGAUGGGGAAACAAACUGUAUUGAAAAGACAGAAGAAAAUGUCGAGACAAAACCAGAUGUCCCCAAGCCCAAGCCCGUGAGACCUAAAAUCAUCACUUAUAUCAGAAGAAACCCCCAAGUUAUCAGCCAGCUUGACCAUUCGUUUGCCCCACCUGGAUUAUCCUACGGGUCCCCUGCUUGUGGUGUGCCAGUCAUAAAAGAACCAAAUAACUCAAAUGAAGGAGAGAUUAAGCCAGCUAACAUUCUCUAUGACAAGUUUAAACCUGACUUUCAGAAACCUCGGAUUUACAGUUCUGGACUCGUGGUGUCUGGCAUUAAAACCUCCGGCCACCAUUUCAGUCAAAUGGGUGAAAAGUUUCUACAGGAGGUUGGAGAAAGGCCUGUGAAAGAAGAGUUUUGCCCUCCACCAUAUACCCACUAUGAGGUACCGCCAAGCUUUUAUCGCUCUGCCAUGAUACUUAAGCCCCAGUUGGGCCUGGGGGCAGUUUCCAGGCUACCAUCUGCAAAAAGCAGGAUUUUGAUUGCCAGUCAAAGGUCUUCAGCAAGCUGCAUCCAUCAACAAGGUCCAAUAACAAGCUCUCCCACGCUUUUCCAUCCUGAUGCUGCAGCUGAUCUUAAGAAAGGCCCAAGUCCAAACAUCAUAAAGUCAAAUCUACCCAAACCGUGUCCAUCUGGACUUCGCCCGCCUGGUUAUUCACGGUUGCCAGCUGCUAAACUAGCAGCAUUUGGUUUUGUCAGAAGCUCAAGCGUCUCCUCAAUCUCAAGCAACCAAUCAAAUGACAGCGUCCAAAGUGACCAAAGCAGGACAGCGAACGGUUCAACCUUUGGAAGCGAAGAGCCAGCCAUUCCUAAGGUGGCUGAGCCUUCUAAAGAAGCACCCAAGGGGGCCAGCAGGAGCGCACUGCAGGCAUCGAGCAGCACACCAGCUGCCCGCAGGAGUUUACUUCCAGCUCCAAAGACAACCUCAACACCUGCAGGCUCAAAGAAAGAAGUACAGAAAGAUCAAGAGACCAACAAACCUGCCAUUUCAUCUCCUAAGAGGCUGGUGGUAUCCGCUACAAAGUUCCACUCACCAGGACACCCUAAACAAAGGUCAUCCGUUACAAGGAAUGGAUUUUCUUCAAAGCCUGAUCUGCAGAACCGAGAUGCUGAACGGCAGUUGGUCCAGCAAAUGAAGGAAAAGUGCGAUGAACAGAGCCGGCGACUCAGCCGUAUCCAGGAGGAACUCAGAAGAACGGGCUGUGGCUUUGACGUCUUUGUUAUAACUACACAGCAUUUCUUUAGGAAGAACGAAAAUGCCCUUGUGAAAGAAAAGGAGCUCUUGGCUGAGCUUGCAAACAUCAGAGAUGAAGUUGCCCUCAGUGCAGCAAAGUACGAGAAAUUACAAAAAGAGAAGGAGGACCUGGAAAGGAGGUUUGAGGGCGAACUAAAGAAACUCGGCUGGCAACAACGUGAAGAGCUCCAAGUACUGGAAGAGCGGCUGCAGCUGCAGUUCAGUGCCGAAAUAGAACGCCUGCAGGAGGAACACCACAUGCAGAUUGUCAGGCUCAAGACUCAACACCAAGAGCAGGUGGAAGAUAUUACAGCGACUCAGGAAGCUGCCGUGCUAGAGAUGGAAAAUAACCACACAGUCGCUAUCGCAGGGCUUCGGGAUGAAUAUGAGUGCCGUGUUCAAGAACUGAAAUUGUCCCAUGAAGUGGAAAAGAGAGAGCUAGAAGAAUUUUUUGAGAAGCGGCGCCUGUCACUCCAGGACCAGGUAGAUACCCUCACCUUUCAGAGCCAGUCGCUAAAGGACAAAGCGAGAAGAUUUGAAGAGGCAUUAAAGAAAAACACUGAAGAACAACUAGAGGUUGCGCUUGCUCCCUACCAGCACUUAGAGGAAGAUAUGAACAGCCUCAGGCAGGUUCUGGAGAUGAAGAAUCAACUAAUCCAUCAACAGGAAAAAAGGAUCUUAGAUCUAGAAAAGCUGGCUGAAAAGAACUUAAUACUGGAAGAAAAAAUCCAGGUGCUUCAGCAGCAAAACGAAGACCUGAGAGUCAGGAUCGAUCAGAACACUGUAGUGACAAGACAGUUGUCAGAAGAAAACGCUAAUCUCCAAGAACAUGUUGAGAAAGAAACUGAGGAAAAAAAGAGGCUCAGCCGAACGAAUGAAGAACUGCUGUGGAAGCUGCAGACGGCAGAACCUCAGAGCCCCGUGAAACUGUCUCCUACGUCUCCGACCCGGAUUUACCGCUCUUCGUCCGGACCGCCCACCCCUGUAAAAGUCAGCACCGUGCUGAGAUGACAG